AUGGGAACCGGAGGCGCGGGCGGCGGGAGCGCCCGGGCCGGGACUGCCGGGAGCGACUCCCGAUCCCCCCGUUCCCCCCGGGCCCUCUCCCGUCCCGGCAUGUUCGCGGACAGGACGGCACCCGGUGCCGACGUGCAGUCGCUGUGGAGGAGCGCCCGGAGCGCGCGCUGCGAGGCGAAAACUUGCCAGACUGGGAAAAUUUCAACAGCAGAAGCUGCAGCACAGUCUCAUACAGCCCGAGAUGCUGCGGUGCAGACAGAACAGAGCAAAGAUGCUGUCCAAGACGUCCAGCAAGAAGUCCAAGUAGAUUACACUGGGCUUCUGUCAUUCCUUCAGAGAGUGGAGGAUGCUGUUAUCAAAGAACUAAAUAAAAACUGGAAAAGUCAUGCCUUUGAUGGCUUUGAAGUGAACUGGACAGAUCAGGAUGAAACAGUGUUGUGUUUACAUUCAUUGUCAUACCCAGAGGCUCAGGAUCAAAACCUGCAGGUCACCGGUGUGUCAUGGAAUGCCACAGGAUCUGUCAUUGCAUGUUCCUAUGGCCGGUUGGACAAUGGGGACUGGAGCACAGAAAAAUCCUAUGUUUGUACCUGGAAUCUGGACAGAAGAGGGUUGAAUCCACAGCACCCUGACCUGGUGGUGGAUGUUCCCAGUUCUGUCAUGUGCCUGGCUUUCCAUCCCUCCCAGCCAUCACUGAUAGCUGGUGGCCUGUUCAGUGGGGAGUUGGUGGUGUGGGACACCAGCAGGACAGAAGACCCUGUGAUCUGGAGGACAGGGAUGACAGAUGACACCCACACUGACCCAGUCUAUCAGGUUCACUGGUUACCUGACACCAAGCACAGAAACCACGCCCGGCUGUUGAGUGUGGGGACAGAUGGGAAGAUCCUCGUGUGGAGGGAGGAGCGGGAUGGGCGGCUGGCCUUGGCUGAAGGAUUUGCCAUCAUGGCUCAGCAGAUCCCUCGCAGCACUCGGCUGAAGAAGGUGGCCUGGGGAGAGGCAGCCGUGGGGGUGACCUCGCUGUCCUUCUCACCCUUCGAUGCCGGUGUGUUCGUUGUGGGUGUGGAAGGUGGGUACUGCCUGCGGUGCUGCACCUCGGCCCAGGGCCCGGCCCUCCCGCGGCCGGGCGGCUCCGUUCCCCUCAGGGCGCCGGCCGAGCUCGCCUUCUCCCCUCACGCUGGGCCCGUCUACUCCGUGAGCUGCUCGCCCUUCCACAGGAACCUCUUUCUGAGCUGUGGGACCGACGGACAAGUUCACUUGCACUCCAUGUUGCAGACACAGCCCCUCUUUGCUCUACAGUUAUCAAAGAAAUACCUGUUCUGUGUAUGCUGGUCUCCAGUUCGACCACUGGUUUUUGCAGCUGCAUCUGGAGAAGGAGAGGUGCACCUGUUUGACCUGGGGAGGAGCACGCAGAAGCCCACAGUGUCCCUGAAGCAGUCUGUGAGUGACUGCCCUGUGUAUUGUUUGGAAUUCAACACCAAGCACACGCGGCUCCUGGCAGCAGGGGAUGCUGCUGGGACAGUCAAAGUCUGGCAGCUGAGCUCCGACUUCACUGAGCAGGGACCAAGGGAAAAGAGUCACCUGGAGCAGCUGGCAAGUGAGAUCAUGGACUGAGGGAGCAGCAUAACAGCUGUGUGAAACUUGUAACUGCCCUGACUCCAGCAACAAUUCCCCACUCACCUGUUCCAGUGUUGGCCUGGAAAACACAGGUAACCAACAGCUGGAAUUGCCUCCAUAUAACAGUUAAAUUUGCAUUUAACCAUUAAACACAAGAUGAUGUGGUUCGACCAGUAACUUUUAUUGAAGCACACUGCAACAUGUUUCUUUUCCCUAAGAGUUUUAAGCUAAGCACUUUAAGGUUACAUCAUAAAGUAACAUUGAUUAUUGUAGAGCACAAAGAGAGAGAGACACAUGCAGAGCUACAGUCAGCAAACGUGAGCAUGUCCUUCGCAUCUUUUGGUUCUAGUGUUUCAGAUCAAUUCACAAAGAGUGAACGUGUAAAUUCUAUGUAGUCGUAGGCAGAAGGCAGUUCCCUGCCCUUGCCAUCCAUGUAGGGUUUCAUGUGAGAGAUGCAAUAAUCGGCCUGUUCCCGGGUCAGGUUCUGAAAGAGAGACAGCGUGGGGGUGAGAGGGCUCUGGGGCUGCCAAGGGGCAUUGACAGGCAGCCCUCCCAUUCCCCGGGGCAGAAACCAGAGCAGCACAACUCCGCCUAGCAUGGAAAUGCUCUGGCUGUUGGCAUUAUUUGGUUAAGGCUUGGAAGGCCUGACCAGAGUCUUCCCACCGAACAGAAGACAGAGCAGGUAACUGGGACAAGGAAGCACUGCAAACUCUUUA